CGCUAGGACACGGCACGUCGUCACACGCCGCAGCUCCGGCGAGCAGGAGCAGCGAAGGGUUCGUGAUUUCGCCUCACAUUUCUUGAAGCCUCUUCCUUGUCAAACAUAUAUCUCUCCAUCCCUACAUCUGCUCGUUGCUUCCUCCGCUUGUGCAUCGCUUCCGGCACAAGGAGUUCCCUGGAGCAAAGAUGCCACAGCCAGCCCCCUGCGCCGGCUUCUACUCCGUUCCACUUGGGAGGCUGCCUGUUGUUUCAUUUCCAACUUCUGCAUCUCUCCGUUGCCGAGCACGACGCUCCGUGGAGGGCCGCCGCUCUGUCCGUCUACGGAGUGCUUCGGCCUUUCCCCACCUUAUCUGCCACCGACGGUGCCACAGUGCCAUCUCGAUAGCAAAAUUCAAUCAAUUCGGUGACAAGCCGAAGGGAGAUUCUUCUUCCUUCAUGGAAAACGACGAUGAUGACAAGCAGGCAAUCGAUGUUUCUCAGAAGAUUGAGGAGCGUUGUUUUGCCGGCACAUCUUAUAUCCCAGUGUACGUGAUGCUACCCCUUGAUGUCAUUGAUAAUCAAGGCAAGCUGGCAUAUCCAGAGAUCUUAUUGGAACAACUGAGGGCAUUAAAAUCCAUCAAUGUAGAUGGUGUCAUGGUUGACUGCUGGUGGGGAAUUGUGGAGGCUUCUGCACCUAGAAUCUACAAUUGGGGUGGGUAUAAACAACUAUUUCAAAUUGUACGACAACUGAAGCUUAAGCUCCAGGUCGUCAUGUCAUUUCAUGAGUGUGGAGGUAAUGUUGGUGAUGAUGUGUGGAUUCCUUUGCCACAAUGGGUGAUUGAAAUUGGCAACAACAAUCCAGACAUUUUUUUCACAGAUAGAGAAGGGAGACACAAUAUGGAAUGCCUUUCUUGGGGAAUUGACAGAGUGAGAAUCUUAUAUGGCCGAACAGCAGUAGAGGUUUAUUUUGAUUAUAUGCGAAGCUUCCGUGUAGAGUUUGAUGAGUUAUUUGAAGAUGGCACUAUAUCUGAGCUUCAGAUUGGAUUAGGGCCUUGCGGAGAACUACGCUACCCAUCUUAUCCUGCAAAGCAUGGCUGGAGAUAUCCAGGAAUUGGAGAAUUUCAGUGCUAUGAUGCUUAUUUGCUGAAAAGUUUGAGAGAUGCAGCGAAAGCUAGAGGGCAUCCUUUGUUGGGGAAAGUGCCACAAAAUACUGGUUCAUAUAACAGCCAGCCUCAUGAAACCGGUUUUUUCCGUGAUGGAGGUCAUUAUGAUAAUUCAUAUGGCAGAUUCUUUCUAGGUUGGUAUUCGAAAAUUUUGAUUGAUCAUGGAGACGUGGUAUUAUCUCUGGCCAAAUUAGCAUUUGAAGGUUCAUUGAUUUCAACGAAGAUAUCAGGGAUCCAUUGGUGGUACAAAACUGCCAGCCAUGCUGCAGAGUUAACUGCAGGGUUUUAUAAUCCGUGCAACCGUGAUGGCUAUGCUUCAAUCGCCUCAAUGCUUAAGAAGCAUGAUGCAACACUAAAUUUUACAUGCGUUGAGUUGCGCACCUUGAAUCAGCAAGCAGACUUUCCAGAAGCACUGGCAGAUCCUGAAGGAUUGGUCUGGCAGGUCUUAAAUGCUGCGUGGGAUGUUUCUUUACCUAUGGCAAGUGAAAAUGCUCUUCCUUGCUAUGAUAGGGAUGGAUAUAAUAAGAUUUUAGAUAACGCUAAGCCAUUGAGUGAUCCAGAUGGACGACAUUUAUCAUCAUUCACGUACCUCAGGCUGAGCCCAGUCCUCAUGUGUAGUCAUAACUUCAAAGAAUUCAGUCGAUUUGUUCAGCGAAUGCACGGCGAAUGGGUUCCCAACUCUUGUUGAUUGGACAAUUUUUCAGGACCUCACCGUGCGUCACUCUCUUUUGUUGGAAGCCCAAUAAAAUUCGAUUUGAGAGAAGUAGAUUAAAGACACAAAUGGUGGAAAGAGCAACAUAGCAAGGCGAACUGUAGCAACUACAUGAAAAAAAAAAUUAAUAAAAAAAGACGUCCGUCCAAACUCAGAUGGGAGCAUGACUUGCUAUAAUUAUUUCAUUCAUUUGUUGGGUUCACAUAAUUAAUUAAAAGGUGCUACGACACUUUGCCUUCUCAUAUGUCACUAUAUGAUUAAUGUUGAGAUGCUGACAUUUGAAUUCUGACGAUAUAUAUCAUCUAUUUGUUUGAAGAAAA